GCAUUCUGGGAAAUAAACAGUGGUGCGUUAGCAGCAGCAUCAACAGUGUUUCAGUGUGCCUAGUGUGUGUCAGUGGGGUUUAGUCCUGACGAAUGGAAAUGUGUGUUUAGCCAGCACAUAACACUGAGUGUACUUGUGUAUUGAUCGGUUAAAGUGAACUUCUCGGCGCAGGCGGAAUGAUGGAUCACAGCAGUAGGACUUUGUACCCGAGCGCUGCAGCGCAAUGAUUUAUUUUCUCUCUCUCUCUCCCUGCUGAAAGUUGGACAUUUGCUCUGAUUUUGUUUGCCUUUAGUUAAACCGCAGGGUGAUGGAUUAAACUCUGGGCCGUGGGUUUGGAUGUCGGAGUUUAUAUUCGCGGUCCUGUGUGAUAUUUUAAAUGUAAACAUGGUGGACGUGGUGCAUGCAGAAGGGGCGCGCGCGGCGGCGGCGGCGGAGUGUCUCGUGAACGUUAUGGCGUUUCUUACUGACGCGCAGAGUCCUUGAAGUGGGAAUGCAUCUAAAACUGCUGAUCGGGACCAGCUCGUGCUGUGGUUCAUGACGCCUUGCACGACAACGGCGUUGAUUUCUUCUUCUUCUUUUUCUUCUUCUUCUUCUUCUUCUUCUUAUUAUUAUUAUUAUUAUUAUUAUUAUUAUUAUUAUUAUUAUUAUUAGUGAUAGCGAUCUAAUAUAUUUCUGCGUUUAAGCCACGCUGAAGAUUGACUUUUCUGAGCACCGCGAUCAUGUGGAGUCUAGCCACGGCAGCGCUGCAGCUUCUGCUCAAAUCGGUGAAGCACACCGCGGGGAAAGGACACAACCAGCUGAACCGCUGGCUGCAGCGGCCGCCAGACUCGGUGGACUGCGAGAAGAUGGAGCUGUUGAUCUGCAGCGCGUUUGAGGAGCGAGGCGGCGCGGGCAGGGCGGACUUGGAGGCGGUGUGCACCGGCGAGCCCUCGGCGUCCUUCACUUCUUCAGACUUGAGGAAUCCGUGCUGCAUCGCGACCUGUUGCUUCAAGAGCGCGCUGCUGGCGUGUAUCCUGACCGCCGCGUGCUUCUUCUCGGUCACGCUCGUGCGCCGGUACCUGAAGGACGCGCUGCUCUGGGUGGAGAGCUUGAACGGCCUCAUGGGCGCGAUGCUGUUCAUAGUGUGCCUCAUCACGGUGUCGUUCCCCUGCGGCUGGGGCUACAUGGUCCUUAACGUGGCCGCGGGUUACCUGUACGGCUUCGUGCCCGGUGUGGGCCUGGUGAUGGUGGGCGUGCUUAUUGGUACCUCGGUGGCGCAUGUGGCGUGCAGGCGGCUGCUGUCCGGCUGGGUGCUGAGCCGCGUGGGGAACAACGAGCAGCUCAGUGCCGUCAUCCGGGUGGUCGAGGGAGGCAGCGGGCUCAAGGUGGUGGCGUUGGCCAGACUUACCCCCAUCCCAUUCGGCCUCCAGAAUGCUGUGUUUUCGAUCACGGACAUGUCCUUGCCAGGCUACCUGGUGGCUUCAUCAGUGGGUCUGUUGCCCACCCAGCUCCUCAACUCCUACCUAGGCACCACACUGCGCACCAUAGAGGACGUCAUAGCGGAGCAGAGCAUCAGCGGAUACUUUGUAUUCAGUCUACAAAUCUUUAUCAGCAUAGGGCUGAUGUUUUAUGUCGUGCACCGAGCGCAGGUGGAGCUGAACGCCGCCAUCGCCGCAUGCCAAAUGGAGAUGAAAACAUCACACAUGAACGGCAACAUGUCGAACCACGGCGGCUCCACGUACUGCAGCAAGCGGACCUCGGCGUGCGGAGGGAUUAAUGUCGUCUGACACUUAAGCGACGUUUAUCCUGGUUCGAAACGCAUUAACACGCCCUUUUUCCAGCGGCGGAUCCUGACUGAAGACGACAGGAUGAAGAUGAUGAACAUGGCGUCUCCGACCAGAGAAAUGCCGGUUCAGGUUCAGUGCUGGUGUAUGAUCAGAGAAGACGUUAGCGCUGGGUUUGGAAAUUCUCUCCAGAGCAACAGGAGGCCAGUGUGUAGUUCUGCAGGACACCGUUUGAAUAGAGCAUAAUAGUUUCUUUUGGGGCUUUUUUUUUUGUUUUGUUUUUUUAUAGACUAUGGAUUUAAAUUAGAAUUUUUAUAUAUCUAGAGCAGGCGUUGAGCAUGUGAAUUAGAGUGAACUACAGUAUUGUGCAGUACAGAGACUGCUGGUGUACAUGCUGUAUAUUGUCAGAUGCUUUUAGUAAAACAUUUGCUUUUGGUACUUUUCCAAAUCAUAAUGUUUGUUGUUGUUGAUUAUUAUUAUUAUUAUUAUUAUUAUUAUUAUUAUUAUUAUUAUUAUUGCAGAAGACAUACCACCUGGCUAGAAAACGGUUGCUUUAUGCCAAGCCGGGAUCAAAUUUGCAGUUCUUCACGUCUGCUGGGAACAGAUGGAAAGGAAGGCAAAUUUCCCAGCAGGGUAUUUAACAGUGUCCUUCCAAGAUCCGCCAAGUGCAGCAUAAUGAAACCGAACAGCGGGAUUUUUAUCCGUGUUCAGUCUCUCAUAAUGUUGCUUGGACAGGAUGGUGAGCCUUUCUUUUUCUUCUGCUUCUUCUUUUUUUCCCUCUUUUUUUUUUUCUUUCUUUUUUUUAUUUUUUUUUUUUCAUCUCAUUGAACCAAAUGUGUUACAGGGCUGCUUUAAACCCAUUUUUAGCAGCUUUGCCUUUUAAAUUUGAUCCGAUUUUCCAUGAAGUUAUAUAUCGUGUGCAGUAUGUGUUAGGCUGUCACUGUUGAUCUUUCAGGUAAAUUAUAAUCAUCACAAAAAGGGAAGGAAUAUUCAUAUGAACAUAUUUUGCUUAUUUACUUUGGAUGGUUAAUUAUUAUUAUUAUUAUUAUUAUUAUUAAAGUUAAUAUAAUCAGUUCAUGGGGUUAAAUAUUAUUUAUUAGUGAGGCACUUUAAAUCAAACAUGUUCACACUCAAAACUGACAAAGCACCAGGCAUCCAUUCACUUUUCUGUGUACAUUCGCAACAUGAAGCUACGAUUUCAGCGACAAAUGGCACGUUUAAGAUUUUCUCGAUUCUUUGGAAAAUAAUGUAUUAUGUGGUAAAGCGACAAAUCCAAGCAAUCGUCUAGAAUGAUUCCUCGGACGCGUGUGGUCCGGCGUUUCUUCAGUCCCUCCCACUCACAGCUUUAGUUCCUAACUGAACAUAACUGUUUGACUCUCACAAAAAAUAGACCACCGUAAAUGCAUAUAGAGACAUUCUGAAGAAAAACAAAGCUAGACAGGAAGGUGUGGAGAUCAGUGGUGAAUCUAGUGAGCGUAUGUAACUUGUACAGUUAGCUCACUAAUCUUUUAAUACGAAAUGAAGCAGUAGCUCAGCAACCCUGGAAAGUGCACACCCACAAACAACAACAGUAUUGUCUCCUUCACUCCCACAGGAGAUCAACUACAAGUGACGCCAGUGACGUGUCAUUUGCUAAUGUGAACAUAGGCUUAAUUAUAUCAUUGUGUUCAUGAAUAUAUCAGUGAAACGUCUGCACAAAUCUUCCACAGUAUCCACUCUUCUCCCCAAGACCACCAACAAAACUGAUACCCGUAAGUUGUACAGCCAUAACAAAAGACUUGUAGAUUUAUUUUUUUAUUUUUUUUUAGACAUAAACGCCUCCAGAAUGUUCCUUGACAUAAUCUGAUCUGAGCUGUUUAAACUAGCCCUCGGUUUUGUCUUAAUAAGUUUAGUGCUUUGAGCACAGAGAUCUUCUAGGUCGAUUAUUCUUCUCGGAGUCUGUAUUCCCACGACAUGAACAACCAAGAGGCCGUUAUGUUCUUGUGGAAACGCACAAAAGCGUUUGAGAUUAGGCAAAGUAUCAGGGUUCAGGGAAAAGAUUUAUGCGCACAUGCCCUGGUUGGACUUUCUUCUUCUAUACCUUUUGCAGUCUUUAAAUGUCAUGAAAUCCUAGCAUCAACAGUAUUACAUGGCAGUUCCUUUAGUUGGAAGGAUGGCAAUCCCGUUCUCUUUUUCUGUCUUCUGAUGACCUUGAAAGCCAUAUGAUCAGCAGCAUGCCACUAAUGAAUGACCUUAACGUAAAGAAAUUUAUAAAUAAAUAAGCGAGUAGGACUUAGCUCACCUUUUAAAAUGUUUAUGCAACAGGGAUGAGUCUGUUUAAUUAAAAUAUACAUAAAUACACACCGUACUGUGCAAACGUUUUAGACACAUGCGAAGAAAUGCUGUAGAGAAAAGACGCCUUCAAAAUGGUGAAAUUUAAAUGUUUUUACAUUUAAAAAAAAAAAAAAAAAUUUAAAAACAUUAAAGAGCAGUAAACAGUAGUAAAUGAAACAAAAGUCAAUAUUUGGUGUGACCAAAAAAAUCAAAUUAGUAGUCUCGGAUAGAAUUAGUGCAGUGUUUUAAGGAAAUGAGCUGUAAGUUUUAUUGAGCAUCUUACAGAACCAGACACGGUUCUUCUGGAGACUUUGACCGUCGUACUUGCUUCUUAUUUUUGCAGGAAAACCCAGCAGCUUUCAUUGUGUUUUUUUUUUUGUUUGUUUUUUUUGUCUGAAAAGUGUCUCUUAUGUAAUACGCUGCUUUCUUUCAUGGCAUACAAACAUUUUUCUGUAACAUUUAAUUUUGUGCUAGAAAACUAAUGUCUGGGGAUCUAAAAUGUCUUUGUACUGACUUGACAGACGUCAUAAAAUUUAAAAUCUAUAAAAGUUUGUACUAAAAAAAAUAGGGUGCCUAAAACUUUUGCACAGCACUGUGUAUGUGUACGUACGUACGUACAUGGAGGGAUGGUCAAAUCUUAAAUGCAUUAGCAGUCUGGUUGUCGGGAAACCUGACUAGGUCAACGUAAUGUAUGCUAAUGGUAUAUUUCAUGCUAGCUAAUUAGUAAGUUAAGUUCAUAAAUAAUCACUAAGCGAAAGCAACAAGAAUAUGAUCCUUUUCCUUAUACAACAAUGUCGUACGUGCGCUUGUAAAGUCAUCGGCAAAUUGGUUUAGUUCUGUCCUCACGCCGCAAAUAUAAACUUUGUCCGAGUCAGGCUAGCGUCUUUCUUUCUCUCAACAUGUUGAUGUACGACAGCUUUGCGCUGGACUUCAGUGUUUGCACAUUCUUGUUCUGAAAAGAUUAUUCUACUGGCACAAACAUCGCUCUCCUCAGGAGAUGUGUGUAGUGCUGCAGGAGGUGGGAUUCGUGACAAUUAGCACGAUUCUAAUUACAGUAAUGAGGUGCGUGAUGACAUGGUGCAUUAUCUUUUGCAUAAACACAUUAAAUGAAAAUAUAUUUUGCAAAAAUCAUUACGCAGUAUGUUUAUUUUAUUUUCGUGGUUGCUGAACCUACUUGUUCACUUGGCAACAAUGAAUAAAAACUACUAUCACGGACCCAGGCACCUGGGUUACUGAUUUGUCCACCCCUGAAAAGCUUUUUAGCUAUUAUCUGAUAUCAUUAUUGUUAGUUCAUUACAAUGUGAGAAUUUCUUUGUUUUGAUUUUGUUCGUUUUUUUGCUGUGAACUUUUUAGUUUUUGACUUUUUAAUAUUCACGUUCUAUAUAUAUCUGGAAUCGUCCUCAAUUUUGUGGACUCCACUUCUUCUAACCUGACAAUCGACGGGUGUGUGAACGGUUGGUCAUUUUGAAAUCCAUGUCACAUUUCUUGUCCCUUUUUUAUUGUUAAUUUAUUUUAUUUUUUGACAUCCUAAUUCCGAUGUUGUUGCUGCUGCUUAGACCCCCGGGGUCUGAGUGAAAUGCUGAUAAGGGCUCGAAUAUAUAAACAUCCAAGUUCUACACUUAUCUUUACAGGCUCAUAUGAAUAGAAAUGGCUGAGAUAAAUUUACCUAUGAUCUUUUUAUAUAACAGUUUGUUACAUCAGUUUUCACACUUGCAUGUUCUAUGAAAUGGCACACACACACACACACACACACACACACAAAAAAAAAAGCCCAGACAUUCCUUGCCGAUAUUUCUGUCCAGAUCACUUUGAAAUAGGAAUGUACCCUUGGUUUGUUAAAUUUAGCAAUAACUGAAAGCAGAAAUGUCCUUGAGUUAGGUCGAGAAAUGCAACAUUCCUGGUCUUGUGUUAUGAUGUCAGCCUGCCUUGUACCUCUUGCUGCCUAUGACAGGACAUGACACUAGCCUGUGGCAUGAUCAUACACCACGUUCAUGGAAAUGAAUAUUUGGGAAAACAAGGAAAAGAAAUGACAAACUAUUUAAUGGGGAAAUGGAUUUUACACAUAGUAGUAUUUUUUUUGUUUGUUGUUGAAUCGAUAUUUCCGACAUAAUUAUGCAACAGAGGAACUCUAUAAAUCUGACAUGGGGGCUGAAAUGACUUGGUUCUUGCUGAGGCUUUAUCUGAGAUUGCACGUACAGCUACAGCACAUCAGAAACCCAGUGCACGUGUGAUUUCAGAUAAACACAAACCAGGGACCGUUACGAAACCUCUGCCCCCAUGAAUCAAGUGCAUUUAUCAACUCCACUGUAUUUUGUAAUACAGAUUCUUACAGUGUGUAAACAGAUAUUUAUCGCUGUAUCACGCUUGUUCUGUGUUUAUUUAUGAAAUAAAAAGGUCUGAUAUAUAAAUCA